AUGGAGACGGAAAUCAAAGAGACGCAUGAACUGUUCGAAGUGCCUAAGGCUAACGUGAGCUUGGACGCUGUGCUGAUAGCAGCUGCGGGGCAGUUCGGGCGGUACCAGAGGCGCAUGCUGGCGCUGGCGGCGCUGCUGGCCAUGUUCACGGCAUUCUCGGGCAUGGAGUACGUGUUCACCACGGCCAGAAUUAACACCAGAUGUUUCAUUCCGGAGUGCGAGAGCUCGGUGGUGGAGUUCUCCCCCCCGUGGCUCGUGCGCGCCGUGCCCACCACUGACGGCGCCGCCGCCAGCUGUCAGCGCUUCCAGCGCGCCAACAGUACGCGCGACGCGUGCACCGACGCCAGCUUCGACCGCAGCGCCACCGUCGCCUGCUCGGACUACGUGUAUGAGGCCAACAACACCAUUGUUUACGAUUACGGCCUAGCGUGCGACGAGUGGCGGCGCUCGUUCGUGGGCGCGGCGCACACGACGGGCGGGCUGCUGGCGCUGCCCAUCACGGGCUACGUGUCGGACCGCUGGGGGCGCCGCGCCGCGCUCGUGGGCAACGCGGUGAGCACGGCGGUGGUGGGCGUGGCGCGCUACUGGUGCGCGAGCUACUACAGCUUCCUUGUCGCUGAGAUCUUCAAGGCUACGCUCGGAGGCGGGGUUUUCUCCUGCGCGUAUUUAUUGGUAAUGGAAUUGGUGGGACCUAAAUACCGAGUGACAGCGGGUGCCGCCUUGAGUACGUGCGUGUCGUCGGGACACAUCGUGCUGGGUGCUCUUGCCUGGGGCGUGCCCAAUUGGAGGCAUCUGAUCCUCAUUCUGUACGUCCCACACUUUCUGUUCAUAUCAUACUACUGGAUCAUGUCGGAAUCAGUACGAUGGAACAUGAGCAAGGGCAGGUAUAAAGAAGUUGAAGAUUUCCUCAGGAAAGUAGCGCGAGUAAAUAAAAGAGAGUUAAGUGAAAAAUUGCUGCAAGAAUAUAAAGAGAGCACAGAUGCGGAAAAUAAGUUAAAAAUCUAUGAAAAACAGUAUAAAAAUGAAGAACCUUGGCUGAUAGUACUAGUGUUUCAGAAUAAAGAAAUAUUAAAACGAUGCUGCAUAGCGCCGAUAUGGUGGAUCACUUUCACGUUAAUUUAUUACGGGUUGAGCAUAAACUCAGUUAACAUGGCCGGCAAUCGGUACCUAAACUUGAUGGUGGUAGCAGCGUCAGAGAUACCAGGGUACUGGUUAGCAUUGUUAUUAAUGGAUAGAAUUGGAAGAAAACCUGUGCUCAUUGGUGCUUUUUGGACCUGCGCCGCUUGCCAACUUACUUAUAUAUUCCUACCUAAGCGUUUCUUUUUAAACUAA